AUGGCAUUGAAGAAUGCGGCCGGAUCUAAAUCGAGUGGGAGCUCUUUGGACGAUGAUGAUGAGGAUGAGGACGAUGACGUCUGUGAUUGGGGGUUUGUGGUGAGGAAGAAGAGUGGAGUGGAUGAGGUAUAUCCGACUGGAGGUGAAGGGUCGUCGUGUAGGGAGCUUGCGAGAGUGAUUCUGAAGUUGGGAGAGGUGUACGAGAGGAUCGAAGGUGCGAAGCAGAGGAUGAUGGUUGAGUGGUGGAGAAAAAGAGGAUGGAAGCUGCUAAGGAGAUUGAGUGCAAAACGAAUGAACAUGUUGAUGGAUAUGCAGAUGGAGCUUGAAAAGAUCCAAGCUUGCCAAACGUAG